AUGAGCAUUGGCCUUUGUCUGUGUAGGACCCUGUCCAGCAGCGAUGACAAGCAGGACAGAGAGACGGAGAAGGGCCGCCUGGAGGAGGCGUUGGAGAAGUGCGACCGGGACCUGGAUGAGCAGAUCGUCCAACACUACGCUGAGCUGACCACCGCCAUCCGCACCUACCAGAGCAUCACCGAGAGAAUCACCAGCUCCCGUAACAAGAUCAAAGGGGUGAAGGAGAACCUGCUGUCUUGUAAGAUGCUGCUCCACUGCAAGAGGGAUGAACUGAGGAAGCUGUGGAUCGAAGGUAUCGAGCACAAACACGUCCUCAACCUGCUGGACGAGAUCGAGAGUAUCAAGCAGGUCCCACAGAGACUGGAAGCCUGCAUGGCCAGCAAGCACUACCUGCAUGCCACCGACAUGCUGGUGAGUAAGUGAGAAUUCGUGUGGAGGUGGGGUGGUAGGUGAGGAUGUGGUAAGGUUUGUAUGAAAGUGUGUUAAGUUUGGGGCCAUGGUGGGGCAUGCGUGCGAGAGAAUGGGAUUCGUAUGAUUAACACUGGGAUAUGGCAAUCCAGACAUCCAGCCAGAUUUUUAAUACCCGAUGCUGACCUGACACUUGACUAUCAUAUAACGUGAUUGCUGUCCUCCUUG